AAGGUCUAGCUUGGUCUCUCUUGCUCCUUGAGUUCCCUAACCAGAAGCUUCUAGGCUUUAGCCUCUAGCCCUAGCUAGCUAACUUAUCUUCUAGUUAACCAAGGCUUUGCAGCCAGCAAGAAGUUCCAUAUAUAUCAUAUAUAUAUCAUGAUCACCACCAUGGGGGGCUACGGCGACUUGUUCGAGAAGGCCAAGCCUUACAUCGCCAUGAUCUGCCUGCAGUUCGGGUACGCCGGCAUGAACGUUAUCACCAAGGUCUCCCUCAAUGGCGGCAUGAGCCACUACGUGCUCGUCGUGUACCGCCACGUCUUCGCCACCGUCUCCAUCGCGCCAUUUGCCCUAAUUCUCGAGAGGAAGGUGAGGCCAAAGAUGACGUGGUCGUCUUUCCUCCAGAUCUUCGUGCUGGCACUGCUCGGGCCUGUGAUUGACCAGAACUUCUACUAUGUCGGUCUCAAGUACACCGGCCCAACCUUCGCAUGCGCCAUGAGCAACAUCCUUCCUGCCAUGACCUUCGUGAUGGCCUUCAUCUUCAGGAUGGAGAAGGUGGACCUGAGAAAGGUGCGGUGCCAGGCGAAGGUGGCCGGGACGGUGGUGACCGUGGCCGGCGCGAUGCUGAUGACGCUCUACAAGGGCCCGCUGAUGCGGAUGGCUUGGACGAACCACGGACAGGCCAACGGCGGUGAGGCCCCGGCCAUCGAUCCCACGGGGAGGGAGUGGUUCCUGGGAUCGCUCUUCAUCAUCAUCGCCACCCUCGCCUGGGCCUCUCUCUUCAUCCUCCAGGCUCACACCCUGAAGCAGUACUCGGCACCGCUCUCCCUCACCACGCUCAUCUGCUUCGUCGGCACCCUCCAGGCCAUCGUCGUCACCUUCGCCAUGGAGCACCGCCCCUCCGUCUGGACCAUCGGCUUCGACAUGAACCUCCUCGCCGCCGCAUACGCCGGCAUCGUGACGUCGAGCAUAGCGUACUACGUGCAAGGCCUGGUGAUCCAGAAGACCGGGCCGGUGUUCGCGUCGGCGUUCAGCCCGCUGAUGAUGAUCGUGGUGGCCGUGAUGGGCUCCUUCAUCCUCUCCGAGAAGAUAUACUUGGGCGGCAUCCUCGGCUCCGUCCUCAUCGUCAUCGGGCUCUACUCCGUGCUGUGGGGAAAGCACAAGGAGACCCAGGCGGAGUCCGCGGCUCUGCGGGAGGCGCUGCCCAUGGCCAUGGCCUCCUCCAACUCCAAGGGAGAGGGAGACGCCGUACAGGGGCACGAUCCUGAGUGCAGCGAGAAAGCCAACGGAGCAGCGAAGCCAUCCUCCAACGGACACGGAGCUAGUGCAGUCUGAUCGAUAGAUUCCAACUGUUUCCAAGUGCUAACUGCAAAUGUCUCGUCACUGAUGUCACAUGCACUAGCGCCUUGUGCGCUGCAUGCAGAGGGGAGAGUGGAAUAAUGUUGCGCCGUGCCUUUUAUUUUUGUCCUCUUGUAUGAUUUCCACAACCAACGAACGCCUUGUAUUUUUCUUCUCUUCUUUUCUUUUAUCGGGGGAGAAAGAAAUCGUGUGUUCCUGCAAGGGUAUGUACGUGAGUUUCACAUAAAUAGGUGUUCACGUAAGAGAAUUUUGAAUGGUUUGUGAUCCCGACUUAAUUUUGAGAUAAAUACUCCUUCCCUCCGAAAAUACUUAUUGGAUAAAUAGACGUCUCUAGAUGCAUUUUAGUAUUAGAUAUAUUCAUUUUUAUUCAU